GUUUGUUUUCAAUUCUAGCCUUAAAGUGAUUUUACUGUGACUUUUGUGUGCUAUGUAUCUUUAGCCAACUCCAGCGAAUCACAUCCAGAUCAGUCUGGUUCCGCAGAAGUUCACAGAAUAAAAACCAUGGCCGAGACUACGGAGACCCGGCAGAAAUAUGAGGAAAUGUUUGCCGACAGAUUUUCUUCGGACGACAAAGAAUACCAGCAGUAUCUGAACCGCCCGGCUGACCCUCCACCCAUAGUCGAGGAUUGGAGGAGUCGCGGAGGUGGACACAACAGAGGCAGGGACAGGUACCAGGACCGCCGAGGUCGCGGUUGGGGAGGAGGAGGAGGCCGAGGUUGGGGAGGAGACAGGGGCUGGAGAGACGACCAUCGUGGGCAGCAACACUGGCAGGACAGAGACAGAGACCGAGACAGAGAUAGAGAUAGAGAUAGAGAUAGAGACAGGCACUGGGGGCAUGGAAGUGGGCAUCAGUCAGGCCCUCCAAGCUCCAACCAUGGAUACAACUAUCAUCAGAGACCACAUUAUGACCGCUACUGAUCUCUGCUCUAAUCUCUCAGGUGUUCACAGUAUUCAGUCUUACAGCUAAACCAUAUGUGGCAAUGUGCAACAGCUGAUUAUUCUUGUCGGAAUCUCAUUUCCACAGUCUCAUAAGCAAGGGCUGAGCAAUAUAUCAAUAGUGUUCUGUCCAUCAUUGUAGUUGUGUAGAACCUUUUUUAAUAUUGUGAUGCACAGUUUUAUUGUCAGACUUAAGAAUACAAAGCAACAUAGUGAGGUUUUUUCUAGAAAUAUUUCUGAAAUUUGACGGCAGAAAAUUACACCACUUACCCUUUCUUCUAACAAUUAUUUCCCUUACUGCUUAAUAUUGCGCAGCCAUGUAAUCUUUAAAUAUAUUUUCAUUACAAUUUUGUGAAUGAUACUUUGGACAUACUUUCAAGGCAGAUUUCAGUACAGAACAUUCAGUGAAAGUAUACCUGAAAAUAACAUGUAUUUCUCUCUUAAUAUUUCAGAUGGGUGGGCUGUUUUUAACAAUAUUUGAUUGAUACGUCAUAAGUAGAAUUUGUUUUGUCUUCUGAUAGUUUUUCCAGCUACAUCUCUACAUGUUUCGAUAUCGAAUUGAUAUGAAUUAUACAGUACAGUAUUGUUACAGAUUGCAAAUCUGAAUUUCAAGAGAAAAUAUCUCUAAUGUAGCUUUAUUUUUCGGUGUUACUUGUAUACAGGAUACUGAUGAACUGAGCCGUUUUCAAUAAACGCAUAUUUUCUUAA